UGCCGGGCCAGCAGGGGAGGCGAGGCGAGUGUGUGGCGGCGCACAACAUAAACAAGCCUGGCGUUAUGGAGGUCCGCGCCGCCACUUCACCGGGACAAACUCAUCCACUCUGAGCUCCACCUGGCUUCCUCCACCGGCUCCAUGUCCCAGAGAGGAGCGUCAGCCACCAGGGCGGCUUAAACUCCACAUGUGUCCCUGUUAAAAGUUUCACUUAGGAGAAGAACAGUGGCUGUCUACUACAGCAGUAAUAGAACAGUUGGAGAGGAAACUUGAGAUGAAGUUCUAGAGAGAAGGUAUGGAGUUACCAGAUGAGGUAGCGUCUCCACCUGGCCGGACUGCAGACAGCCUGGCUAAGCAGGCAGCACGUAGCCUGGCCAACCAACUGAUCCAGACCACCCUGCCGGCAAUCACCAAGUAUUGGGAGGGCAAUAUUAAGCCUAAAGAAAAUGUCAAAUCUCCUAGAAAGAAGUUUCCCAGCAAGAGAACACUGAUUAAACACCUACAAAGUGUUCAAGAAUGGUAUCAAAAUAAUGAGUCUCUGGCAGCCCAUGGGUCAUACCUGCGGCAGUUAGUGAGUGUAGCAUGUGCAGAGGCCUUACUCAUGCUGGUGGCCAAGGAUGACUGUGAGCUGCUCUUCUUGCUUACCUUGCAACUCAUGUUCUGUCAAGAAGCAGGCUUUUUCAGCCAGAGCAGAAAGUUCUAUGAUGCAAGGGUAAGUCGAAGCUAUGCUGAGUUCCUACAGUUUUUUGUCCCCUUUGAGAUAGAAUCACUGUACACAACUUGUAUCAACUUCCAAAACCAAAUGCCCAUUGUCAUCCUCAUCAAGAACUCUCCAUACUUGAAGGACAUUCAUCUUUACAAGAAUCUGAGUGAUCACGUACUUACACAGUUACGCAAACACUGCCCAGAUAUUGAGACCAUUACAUUGAGUGGACACAAUGUGGUUAGUGAACAGUACCUCUUUCGGACCUUCUUCAGUGGUAUGGACAAGGAGCAAGUGGUGCAACUCAUUGAUGAAAAAGAUCAGAUGAAGGUUACAUUCCCGAAGUUGAAGAGACUCAACAUGCUGAUGGACCUGCAUUGUGAUGAUGUUAUGUUCUAUAUACAGCAUUAUUACACUGACAUCAAGACCACCUGGACUAAGUGUGUGGCUGAGAACCGGCUUUCCCCACUUUUACUCAGCUCUCUCAUUGGUCCACCCUAUUGCCUCAAAGGCAAAGGUGACUUUUACCUCGACAUCCUGGAGCUCACUAUCCGGAAGAACACACUGGAAAGAUGGACCUUCCAAGAGCCGCCUGUUUUCUUCCCUAUAGUGAAGCACGUGUCAAUUUUUCACUCCUUUCACGGUGUUGAACCACAAGAACUUGGUGCCAAGAUUAAAGACAUUGUGGAGCGUCUGCGAUGCACCAGUUUCUCACACUCUGCACCUCCUGUAGAGGACUUGGACACCCUCACUGUUUGUGUGCCAACCUUAGAGACAUUUGGGGCACCCUUUAGUGAAAUGCACCUCAGUACCUUUGAGGUUGUUGAUGCCAAGAUACUCUUCCAGUGCCUCAACCUGUGUCCCAAUCUUAAAGUAUUCUCAGUGAACGCUUCCCGCAUUGAAAUGAACAGUGACUGUCCAUUCAAAGCGCUCAACACCCUCACCAAAUUGAAUGCGCUGGGAAUGAGUGUCAAAUCAAUGGAUAGAUGUGAUGUGUCUUGUCUCACUUAUCUGAUAAAUGCAGCACCCAACCUUAGGACCAUAGAACUCUUUGGGGCAAACCUGCAGAAUGUGGUGCAUGACCUGGCUAUGUCAGGGGUCCUCUCUAAAAUAAAAAUAAUCUCUCUCCACAAGAGCAUAUCAUGGUUUACUGAAGAAGACUUAGAAUAUUGUAUAUCCCUGGGCAAAAAUAUGGCUUCUCUCUCUGUCAUGAUGCUGAAUCCAAUACUUAAACAAACGCUGUACCAAAUAAAAAGUUACUUUGCUAACACACAGCUCAAGGUGAUCCAUAGGUAUAAAAUGCUCAUCAGUUAGGAGUGAAUAUUGCUGCAUGAUUAAUUGAAUGUGUAUAUAAAUGAAUGCUUCAAGAACUGUUAUGGUGAUAUUCUUUAAGAAAAUUAAUUUAAAUGAGUGAUUGAAUUACAGUGAAUUACCAUAAAUGUAGGAAAGGAGUCUGGAGAAUGUUGAAAAGCUUUUUUCACUCACAAACACACAUGCACAGGCACACACAAACCCACACAAACAAACAAACACACACACACACACACACACACACACACACACACACACACACACACACACACACACACACACACACACACACACACACACACACACACACACACACACACACUUCUAUAAUUAUUAUCUCAAUUUUUGUUUUCUUUAUUUAAUGAUGCUGAUGUCAUGCAUGAAACAUUUUUAUAGCAGUGGUGUUUGCACAGUUGGAAACUAAUGUCAGAGGUUCUCUCUCUCUCUCUCUCUCUCUCUCUCUCUCUCUCUCUCUCUCUCUCUCUCUCUCUCUCUCUCUCUCUCUCUCUCUCUCUCUCUCUCUCUCUCUCUCUCUCUCUCUCUCUCUCUCUCUCUCUCUCUCUCUCUCUCUCAUGAUUUCAACAUUGUGGUUGGCAUAUGUGCAACAAGAAAAAUUUAUAAAAAGGGCAUUGUUAGAACAUGAUGUAUCCAUGUGUGGAAGCAUAUCAACACUGACACAGCAAGGGAGACUGUUGAAAUUUAUGGAUUACCAAAGAAAGUGACAAUUUGAAUUAGUUAUAAUAAUAGGUGUUUCAAAUAUUGAGAGGUGCUUAAGGAUAAACAGAACAUAGUAAAUGUGUUGAUACUGUUGUAUAUAAUAUUCUGUAUAGUAGAUUGACUUUUGUCCUGUAUGAAAGGGGGGAAUUGGUUGCAGAGGGGUAGGGAUGUUGAGAGGUUGUAUGCAGAGCAGACGUACUUUGGUCACUUAGAAAUUAUUGAGACAUACAAAUAGGGGAGGGUGGUGAGGACACUGGAAUCUGCAAGGAUAUUGUGCAGGUGUCGUAUCAGACUUCAGCAGCAGGAGAGAAAUGUGGCUAUAAGUUAUAGUAUAUGUAAGCAAAGGCAAGAUCAGCGUGAUGUCAGCAUCAUGGUAGGGACACUUAGUAUGAUGUUCUCUUAAGUAUGUGCUCGAUGUAAUGGUUAGUACAGACUGUGAUAUUGGCAUAGCCAGUACUAUCUGUACUGUCAGAGAAGCAGGAUGUAUGUUUCAUCCCAUUUGACUUGUUUCCUUACCAUUUACUUUAUGUAGAAGACUUCCUCAGGUUUGUCAGGUAUUAUUUUGCAGCUUGACACAGCUCUAACAUUGCAUGGUCUUCACUGAGGUAGUGUUUCACACCUGCAGUGUUGCUGCCUCUUCCUUUUGUUGUUAAUCACAACACCUCUCCCACCAUUCAUUGUUUCCUUGUUAAUUCUAUUUUGUGUGAUGCAAAAGUUGCUUUUGUAUUUACAUUUCUUUUUAGAUAUUGAUUAAAUUUUUACUUGUGCUGGCAUUGUGCAUAUGUAUCCAUGUUUGUGAAUGUACACAUAAAGUGUCUAAGGACUGCAAACAAGUGUAUGGGCAUCAAUCCCACAGUAAGUACAGCACACCAGAUUAUAACAUGGUUGAAUUAUUGUUGUAAAGCAAAUACAUAUGCAUUUUCUUUUGUUAGUAAUUUGUGAUGUAAUAUUUAUUUGUUGAUUGUAAUUCUAAUAUAUUUCAAAAUGGUGUGUGAUUGGUUAUGAGUCAUUAAAUUAAUUAUAUAUUUAUGUCUUUAAGAAUCACUGAAAUGCAUAUAUCCUGUAAUAGAGCUUCCAGCAUGUACUCAAUACUAUUCUAAAAUGUUUGGUGAUUAUAUACAGUACUUUCAGUUACAGUGCAUGUUUUGCUAUGUGAUAGUACUUCAAGAAUAGAGAUCUCUGCCAAAGGGAAGAGAGCCAGAAUGAGCUUCACUUUAGAAUAGGGGGAAAGGUUGGUCUGACAAAUGCGAAUGUUGGACUUAUGCAAAUUCCUCCCCUCCUCCCUCAACACACUAAAAAAAAAAAAAAAAAAAAAAAAAAAAAAAUAAUAACAAUAAUAAAUAAAUAAAUAUGAAAAUAAUAAAUCUCAGAUGCAGGAUUUAUUUAUUUAAUUUUGGGGGGAUUUAGAAUUUUGGGAUUAUAUUUGUCUCCCUGAAACCUUCAGGCCCUAAAUUACCAGAUGGUGUAGCUUAUUUUUUUUUAAUUAAAUACCUUUUCCACCAGGAAGCCAUUUUUAAAUGUUUCAUGCAGUUGCGUCAUAGCCUGACUCAUGCCCUACACUGUCUGUGGCCAGGCGUCAGAAAUAAUGUCUUUUCAGGCAUAAAUUUGAUUUUAUCCGGAGUAGUACCUGCACCAUUUACUGUGAAAAAAUAAGUGUUGAGUGUACUUCUUCCUUCAGAAAAGUAUUGAUUUAAAGCAGUUUUCUUUGAAAAUAUCACAUUGUAAAUGGAUGUACUGAAUAUGAACAGCAUAAUUACAAAAUCAAAUAAAAGGUAAAGGAAGCUAAACUUAAAUUAUUGUAUGGGGAAAAACAAGGAAAGUUUUGACCUGCUCUAAUACUGACAGUGCUGGGUGUUUCAGAAAAGUUAGGAAUUUUGCAUCAUAUAAUGUCUGAACAUGGCUGUGUAUGUGAAGAGAAAAGAAGAGAAAGCUAUUACUGUUGACAUUGUAUAGGAACAUGACAUCUUAGUAAAAGAUGACGGGGAGAUGUUAAUCUGAAUGUUACAGAGGUUGAUGUGAAGGAAAAUAUGUAAGGAAUGGCCUAAUUCUCGAUAUUAUAAAUGUCAGUGUACAAGGAACAAUUACAAAAUGUGAUAUUGAUUUGCACUGUAUAUUUCAAGUUUUCCUUUCUAAAGUCAUAACUUUUGGCAAUGGUAGGCAGUUACCAAACACAAUUACUGGCACGUGUCAGCUAUGCAUGUUGUAAGUACUGGCAUUGAUGAAUUAGAUCUUGAUAUUGAAAUGGAAAGUAUUGCAAGUUAAUCAUGACUACAGAAUGAAAUCAAAUCCACCGGUUAUGAAUAUUUGUAGAGAGCAGACCACCAGUGUGCAUUGCCAUAGGGUGGUAGAAUGUCUGUUUCAGGGAUUUGCCUUAUUUAAACAAGAUUUGGUUAGAUCACAGAACUACAUCAUGGAUGUAUGCUCAACAUAUGUCUGUGCACAUCAUGCAUGAAGGUAUGAUAGAUUAUUCUAUUUUGUGCUCAUACUGGGUUGUUUCUGCUUUGAAAUAUUCCUUAAAUAUUAAUGUGUUACUUUUGCAGUCUGCAACAGCCUGCAAGAAAAGACCAGUGCACAAGGAGCUGUUUCAUGUUUUAGCACAACAUUCAGGAGCAGACAUUUUGAUUGCAUGUUGGUAUUGAUUGUAAAUGUGCUGCAUCCUCUUCUGUGUGAACAGUAUGCAUGUUGAUUUUUACUCGGAUUUGAAAUAUAUGAAUUUACUAAAUGUAGGCACAUGGCUCUUGAGUAUGAAUAAUGUGUGGUGUGAACACUGAGUAUGCUAAUGUGUAUGUGCAGAAUUUUAAAUGAAUGAAUUGUCAAGCACACUCUUAAAUUUAAAUUAGCAUACUGGUUCUUGGUUUAACACCACAUUAAAAGUAAAGUUAACUAAUUUCAGGCAUCACUUUAAAAAUUCUAAUCACUGGCCUGGCUAGUACAGCAGUAAUGCACUGGCCUGGCAUUGUGAAUGUUGGCAGAUUGAUUCUUGCUCUGGCUCGUGAGUUUAAACAGUUUAUUAUGAGGUUACUGCUGUUGUUGGAGUGCCACGGUGGGGAGUUGGGUUCACCUGGCUGAUGUUCUGGAGAUGGAUACUGGAACUGAAACCAACGAACUUUAACAUUAAGAAUGAACUAAUAGCUUUAGAAGUUCCUCUGAUGGCUGCCUGUGCUGGAUUACUAUUGUUGAUAUUUUAGUAAAGCAAGGAAGCACUGAGGUGAAUUGACAGCUAGCCCUGCUGAGGCAUUGUCUGGGAGCUGGCUGAGUGUUGGGGUGCUGAGUUGGUGGUAGUGGUGUGGAAUGUAGAUAGGUUUGGAGUUAUGGUUUGUAGUUUUUGUUUUUUUUUUGUCAUGGCCUAUAGUGCAAAAUAUACAUUAGGUCUCAAGGAUGUACUGUAGAACCUAAAAAUAUGUGUGAUCUUGAGGAGCAGGAGGCGCUGGUGGUGAAAGAGCUGUGGGCUUACUAAACAUGGCUGAAUGUUACUUGAAUUCUGCAGUCAUCCCUUUAUUUGCACUGUCUAAUUCUAAAUUUAACUUCCUAUCAACUUUUUUUUGCCGGCAUUUUGACUUGAUGAUUGUACAGUAUCAUAAUUAUAUCUGAAGCUAAUUUUGAUUUCUUUCAGUACAUAUAUAUAUAUAUAUAUAUAUAUAUAUAUAUAUAUAUAUAUAUAUAUAUAUAUAUAUAUAUAUAUAUAUAUAUAUAUAUAUAUAUUAUAAUAUGUUAUGUGAAGACAAUUAUCACUGCUAUGCUUGUGAAGACAGGCUAAGCUAAUGGCACAUUGAAUUGGCAUAAUUACAUAAUAACAAAAAUAACAAAUAGCAAGGCAAAUUACAAAGAUCAAUUCCAGCACUAUGUGGGUGAAGAUCUCGCUACAAAUUGCAUACCUAAAUGAUAGUGUGAAAAUUUGCUGUGCAUUGUUCUUUGUUGAAAACUAAUGGAAUGCUGAUGUUGGUACAUACAUGGUUCAAACUGUACCAAUGAGGAAUUACACAGCCUUUCAUCUGCUUCACCUGAAUUGUGAUGAGAUGCGAGAAAUUCUCACUCCAGCGUUGGUGAUGACGUCUUUUGCUGAGCAAUUAGUGUGGUUGCUGUCAGGGCAAAUGUUAUCUAUGAGAUAUGUAAUUAAAAAAUGACAUUGUUUUUGAUGAAGUUGUCACGGUUUCUCUAGUGUGGACACUGCAUUAAAUGACAGUAGUCUGACUUGAUAGAUAUAAUUUGAUGAGAAGUGAGUUGUAAUACAAUAGAAGUAGCAAUAGUGUAACCAGCUAAAUAAGGCUAAUAAUAAGAGAUGGAAAGUGUAAUGGCUUGUGAAUUACACUACUAAGUAAUAUGUGUGUGUGUGUGUGUGUGUGUGUGUGUGUGCGUGCAUGCGUGUGUGUGCGUGUGUGUGUUUCUAUGAGUGUGUGCAUGCUUGUGUGAAACUUUUCAAAUUUAUCUUGUGGGGCUCAGUCAUGAAUGUUUUGCAAAACUGUAUAGCUACUCAGUUUCACAGAUUUACCUCUGUAUUUCAACUGAAAGAAUAAUUUUAAUAACCAUGCACAGUAGCUAAAGUGAAAGAAUUUAAAGGAAUUGUCACCAGCAGUGGUGCUGCUGCUGAUGAUAUGUGAUAUAGUGUGAUUGUUAAAGUACAGAGCUUACCAGGAAGAAAUCCUUACAUUUAUGUAUGUAUUUUUUUGUAGAAUAUGUUUACAUUCCAGUUAGUGGAAUGUACUUCUAUGCUAAGAGACGUGUGUUUAUAAAUUCACUUGUUGCUGUGUACUUUACAAUGAAUGAUGGUGUACAUGUUUUGUAUAUCAACUAUAUAUUAAUGUUAUUUUACAAGGAAAAUAAAGCUGACAACAAUCUAGUUCUCUUGGAUCUCCAAGUGACUGAAAAGCUGUGAUCAAAUAGAUUGAGAGGUUGACUGCCAGACAACUUAUAACACUGCUAUUGCUGCUAUUGAAUAAUGGCCAAGCUCAGUGUAAAAGCUAUCUUCCUACCAAAGUGAUAAAUGAUAAUAUGAUACUCUUGUUUUAUAGUACAUGCAUUUAGAAAAAUUUUCCUGAUUUACUUUCAGAUACAUUGUAAAUUAAUUGAUGUAUUACUUGUUUAAUUCAGACUUUUGUUCAGUAUGAAGUGGCUAACCAAUCUGGGCAAUGCAAAUGUCUUGUGGACUCGUAUGGCAUGUAGGGCCAAGUUUGGACACUUUAUAACUCUCCCAUGUCAGCAGAGUUGUUGUUAGGUCUGAAAUGCCAGACAGUCAGUAUAGGAGAAUAUUUUUUCAUUUUAUUAAUUUCACAUUGUUCAGUCUUCUUCCUGCUGCCAAUGUGAUGUUCCCAAAGGCAGUGAGCUCAGUACUACCAUAUUUCAAUGCUAUCAAAAGAGUAACAUGCAAUGUGCUUAGUACUAUCACAAUUUUUUUCAUUGCUAUAAGAAGAAAUAAUAUGCAGUACAGUCAGUAAUGCCUUAUUUUUCUUUGCUAUCAGAAGAAUAUGAACUUGGCAAUGCUUCCCUUAUGUAGAGCAGCAGUUCCCAUAUUAUCUCACAUAAUGCUCCCUUAUUUGUUUCUAAUAGACCUGUCUGUCCCUUAAUUUGUGGUGCCACCACUGCCAUUGCUUGUGGUGCCAGUGCCCUUAACUUUCAGCUUUGCUAUGAACAGGUUAUACUUCUUUGCCUUACCUUAAAAAUCUGUAUCUUGAAUAGUUACCAAGUGACUAAGGUACAGAUUUUAAUCCUCUUCAUUUGAGUUUCAUUUGAAAGUCUCUAUACAGAAUUAGACACACCAUACCUGUCCUGCUGAGGUUUUUUUUUCUGUUAUUGUGCCUGCUCUCAUCAAUUCUUUCUAGGCAAACAUAACCUAUUGGUCUUAACUAUCUUGGACAUCCUCACCUCGUGUCACAAUCCUUUUUCAAUCCUGCCCAUUGUGAUGUGCUCUCGCUACAACAGUCCACACCAAAUCUUUCCUUACCUCUUCUGCACUUCUGUUGUAGUGAGUAUUCUAAUGGAGUCUUCCCGCUUUUUAUCUCCUUUCUCCAAUACACCCAAUUUUUUCACUAUGAUUACUCAGUAAUACAACUCUUCAUCAUGCCAUUGUCUCGUAUCCUGUCCCUCAAUGUCCACCACUGAUGUAACCACUUCCUUGACCAAAGUGCUAAGUGUCUGGCAUAUUGUACUCUCUGCUCAUUGUCCAACCCUCUUGAAUGGUAAAAUCAUUCUAUGUAUGUAUUAAAUAUGUAUCUGUGUUGAUUACAUUCAUCUUUCUAUCAUACACUAUUAUUAAGUAAGAUGAGAGUAAUUAGUAGUGAAAAGGAAUAUAUAAGACAGAUCGACAGAAAAACUUGCCACAUUUAUAUCUUUGCUGUGAAGACAAAACCCUCAGUUUUUCAGCUGUACAUUUUGCAGCAUACCUGAUGGUGGUGGCUGGUCCCUUCCAGAAGUGAGGGUUGGUGUCCUCUACCAUACCACAUACCAUCUUUCAUAUUCUUUCUUCCUAAGUUCUCUCCAAGGGUGAUGCUAGGGUGGAGACCUGUGCACCCUUGUCUGUUCUUCCUAUUUUCCCAUCAGUGGUAGGGAUUCACAGGUGAAAUGCUACUUGUUACCUCGUGUUGUUUUCUUGCACACAGUCACAGGAAAAAUGUGUGGAAAGGCAACAAGAUGAAUCAGUAAAAGAAAAAAAAAUAAUGUAUAAAAGAAUACAGGGAUUUCUUGAUUAAUGCUUGUUUAGAAUAUGCAAUUUUGGAAUAACACAAGGUAAAAAAACUUAGUAACUUUUUCAUAUUACACAGAUUGUUUAGAAUAACCAUGUCAAGAAAAUCAAGUUGUAUGGCUGGUUUAGUUCCGUGAUAUGGACACCGGACUGUAUUCUACAAACUGCCAUGGCUAAUGAUGUGGUCAUGGCAAGACAAAAUGACACAUGCUGGGCUGUGAGGUCUAAUAUUCUCCUAUUCAUCAUGUUUCUCUUGCUUGGAUACAUUGUCUAACUAUUCCCAAAAAUAGUAGUAUGUUGUCAAAAUAAUUUACUAGAUCAAAGAAAAUUAUGUCAACAACCUAUUUUUUCUGUACAUUUGAAAUUGACAAAAUGUGAGCCUGAAGAGGGGCAGUGGAGUGAUGGUCAGGAAUUCUAUAAGACCUGACCAUAAUUAUGUAGAACAUGACCCAUAUUCUACAGUUACCACCUUUGGGAACAGUGUACCAUCAACAUGCUGUAUCCUUCAGCUUAUAAUAAUGUCAGCUGAAUGCAAUCCUCCAGACUUGGUACGUACUGUACGGUUUAGUUCAGUAAUCAUGUUCACUUUAUGCAAUUUUUAUAUUACACAAUCCCUUCAGGAAUGUAUCCCUCGCAUGAUUUGAGAAAUCCCUGUAUAGCCAUUAGCCAGUUAAAGGAAAAAAUCAUAGUUUACUGAAACGUCUAAAAUUUAUGACAAAAAAGAAAAAAGAAAACUACUUCAUACAAUGGAGGCAUCUUUAAUUUUAACAUUGGGUAAUGAAUAGCCUCUGAGGAACAUAAUAUAAGUGGAAUUGUUCUUUGGAAUUCAUGCAAGUGAAUUCAUUGAAUGUAUAAAAGUGCUUUUGAGUUGUGCAGUGAUUUCUCCAUCAGACUCCUUUAAGCUCAUCAGACUGGCCUCUUCCUGCCUGUCACAGUGGUACAGUGGUGGUGUCUCCUGACAUUUCAGUGUAACUGGUCAAGUCUGGAACACACUGCACACAUCUGUAUUUCUUCCUGCAUAUGGCAGAUUCUUUUGAGAAGGAGAUUUUUAAAGACACUUCUCAUGUAAGAUUAAGCUUCAAGAGUUCACUUGCUGCCAUGGCUGCAGCUACUGGAGAAAUAGGAAGCCCUCAGAACCAGUGCUGGCACCUAUUGGACCAGUUUCCUCCCUGCCCACCUCACUGCUAUAGAGGAUGACAGUUGGCUCACCUAAGAUAUUGUUAUGGAUCAACAGCUUCCUGGUUCACCAAUUGGAUCAACGACCUGCUUCCCCAGGAUGACCUGCCUCGCUCACUUCAGUAGAGGAUGACUUAAGAGGCUGCCCAAAUGUCUUGGCCCAGAGCGGGAUCCGUCCUUUCGCAUCCAGGUGUUGGAAGUAGGUGCACCAGGUUGGGUGAUACCAGGAGUGUAUCCACGCAGGGAGAAGGUCGGGUCAUGCCGGCCACCCUGUAAACAUGGGCAAGUUUCUGGCUUCAGCACGUCCCGCCACAAGUCUGGUACUGAAUCCCUACAUCUGUGCACUGCGAACUUGGUAGAGCCACAUGUUUCACCCGAGGUAACUCCUCAGCCACAGCGGCGCUCGACUUCGACCUGUACCCACAAAAGCGUCUGAGAAGCCUCAGCAUCCUGUUCCUGCUCAUCUGUGUCCAUGUGAUAGUCGAUUUCCAGGUCCUACAGAAGAGGAAAGACCGCAGAGGCGUACGCUCCGGGUCAGGUCAAGCCACUACUGAAGGGAGAACCAAACCAGCGCGUCCUAACAGCCUAACCUGCGGCAGGAAUUGGCUCUUCAUGCACUGGAAGACGCAGUGCCUCGCUCCACCCUCCACGCAGGAAACGGACCCUGCCUAGCACCAGCUCUGCCUUGCAUUGACACGUGGUGCCAUCCAGGGGAGGAGGACACUUGCUUCGCUGCACCUUCCACGGAGGAACUGCACCUUGCAUCCUUGCCAAGACGCCGUGGCAUCCAGGGAGAGAAGACUGCCUCGCUUCAUCUAACUUAACCAAUACAUGUUGCCAAUCACUCUUGUAAUGUUAUUAUUCCUUCUAUGUGAAUGUACCCACACGUGUUAUUAUUCCUUCCAUGUCCUGUGAUGUACCCACAUAAUUGGUGUUAGUACUUAAUAAAUCGUGAUUAAGAAAACUUGA